CUCUCUCUCUCUCUGUUUCGUCGACCAUGCCUUUUAGUCAACUUCCUCUCUCUGUCUCUCAUUUUACUCGUUUUGUGCUCCUCUUUCGCUCUUAUUUCCUUUUCUCUUCCACUUAUACCCAUUUCAACUCCUCCUUUGCUCUUAUUUCCUUUUCUCUUCCACUUAUAUCCAUUUCAACUCUCCUUUGCUCUUUUUUCCUUUUCUCCGGGCUCGAAUGCGAUUCCAGUUUCUCUCAAUGGAAGAGGAAUCCUAACGGUGCAUGGAAGAAUUCCUGGAACUAAGCUCCCUAAGUACUCUCGGAAUUGAUCGUAAUAAGGGUGUCCCGGCCCCUUUUUAAGGCGAGACUAAUCCCUGCGGAUGCACACAAUCACCCCGCAAACCACGCACAUCGGGUAAUCCCAGGGAGGGGAAUCAAUCCCACGUCUGUGGGGAGCAAACCCACAACGCUAGCCAUUCACCCAAAUUCGCGUCUGUGGGGAGCUGACAUUGCAUGGUUUUCUAAAAAAGAUGGCGGAAGGCUGGAGUGGAAGUUAUGACCCUGGAAGCCAAUCUGAUGAUAGCUAUCACUUUGAAAGAACACACAUUGAACCUAUUUAUGAUGCAUUUGUUUGUCCCCUUACAAAACAAGUAAUGCGGGAUCCAGUUACCUUAGAAAAUGGGCAGACUUUUGAGAGAGAAGCAAUCGAAAAGUGGUUCAAGGAAUGCAAGGAAAGCGGAAGAAAGCCUGUUUGUCCAUUGACUUUGAAGGACCUAAGAAGCACUGACCUGAACCCUAGUAUGGCUCUAAGAAAUACAAUUGAAGAAUGGACUGCAAGAAAUGAAGCUGCUCAGCUCGAUAUUGCUAGCAAAUCGUUGUCUCUGGGAAGUUCAGAAAAUGAUGUUUUGCAGGCGUUAAAAUAUGUUCAGCAUAUUUGCCAAAAAAACAGAUCCAAUAAGCAUGUUGUCCGAAAUGCAGGGCUAAUACCAAUGAUAAUUGACGUGUUGAAGAGCAGCAGCAGGAAAGUGAGAUGUGAAGCCCUAGAAACCCUUCGUAUAGUGGCUGAAGAGGAUGUUGACAAUAAGGAAGAGAUAGCCCAAGGGGACACUGUACGUACAAUUGUUAAAUUCUUGUCUCAUGAGCUUUCCCAGGAGAGAGAAGAGGCUGUGUCCUUGUUGUACGAGCUUUCAAAAUCUGAAUCGUUGUGUGAGAAGAUCGGUGGGGUCAAUGGGGCAAUUCUAAUACUAGUGGGAAUGACAAGCAGCAAAUCAGAGAACAUCUUGACUGUUGAGAAAGCUGAUAUGACGCUUGAAAAUCUGGAAAAAUGUGAGAAAAAUGUCCGGCAAAUGGCUGAAAAUGGUAGACUGCAACCUCUUCUUUCGCUCCUCCUUGAAGGUUCACCUGAAACCAAAUUGGCUAUGGCCACAUACCUUGGCGAGAUGGUUUUAAGCAAUGACGUGAAGGUCUUUGUGGCCAAUACGGUGGGUUCUUCAUUGGUCGAUGUCAUGAGAAGUGGCAACAUGCAAGCAAGAGAAGCAGCCCUCAAGGCUCUGAACCAGAUAUCAUCUUUUGAGGCAAGUGCCAAGAUAUUAAUAGAUGCUGGGAUCCUUCCUCCACUUGUCAAGGAUCUCUUCACUGUUGGAGUCAACCAGCUUCCCAUGAGACUGAAAGAGGUCUCCGCAACUGUUCUUGCCAAUGUUGUGAACUCAGGCAGUGACUUUGAAUCCAUUCCCAUUGGUCCCAACAACCAAACUCUGGUAUCAGAAGACAUAAUCCACAACCUACUCCAUCUGAUCAGCAACACUGGUCCUAACAUUGAGUGCAAGCUGCUUCAGGUCCUUGUUGGGCUCACAAGUUCUUCAAAAACUGUUCUCAAUGUGGUUUCUGCCAUUAAAAGCUCUGGUGCUACAAUCAGUUUGAUUCAGUUCAUUGAAGCCACGCAGAGGGAUCUGCGUGUGGCUUCCAUAAAACUUCUCCAUAACCUCUCUCCUUACAUGGGCCAAGAACUGGCAGACGCAUUACGUGGCACAGCUGGCCAGCUUGGCAGCCUUAUCAGAGUAAUCUCGGAAGACAAUGGUAUCACAGAAGAGCAAGCCGCUGCUGUUGGCCUGUUAGCCGACCUUCCAGAGAGGGACUCAGGCUUCACACGGCGACUGCUAGAUGAAGGUGCCUUUGAAUUGAUAAUCUCCAGGGUGGUCAGGAUUCGGCAAGGUGAGACCCGUGGAAACCGCUACGUUACCCCAUAUUUAGAAGGGCUUGUCCAAGUUCUGGCGAGGAUCACGUUUGUUUUGGCUGAUGAGCAAGACAUGGUGAGACUUGCCCGUGAGCACAGCCUUGCUGCACUGUUCACUGAUCUGCUUCAGGCAACUGGGCUUGACAAGGUACAGAAAGUGUCUGCCAAUGCUUUGGAGAACCUCUCUCAAGAGUCAAAACACCUAACAAAUCUGCCAGAGGUGCCUGAUCCAGGCUUUUGUGGCUCCAUCUUCCCAUGUUUUAGCCAGCAGCCAGUGAUCACUGGUCUGUGCCGGGUUCACCAUGGGAUCUGUUCGUUGAAAGAGUCUUUCUGUCUUUUGGAAGGGAGAGCAGUGGGAAGGCUGGUGGCAUGUUUGGACCACACAAAUGAGAAGGUGGUUGAGGCAGCACUGGCUGCGUUGUGCACAUUGUUGGACGAUGGGGUCGACAUUGAGCAGGGGGUGAUGGUAUUGUGCGAGGCAGAUGGGAUCAAGCCAAUAUUGGAUGUCUUGCUCGAGAACCGGACAGUGGUCCUCCGGCAGCGAGCAGUGUGGGCGGUUGAGAGGAUUCUAAGGAAUGAAGAAAUUGCAUAUGAUAUAUCGGGUGAUCAGAAUGUGGCCACGCAACUGGUCGAUGCAUUUCGGCAUGGAGAUUAUCAGACUCGGCAGAUUGCUGAGUGCGCACUGAAGCAUGUUGACAAGAUACCGAAUUUCUCUGGCAUCUUUCAGAAGAUGGGUUAAGACCUCUUCAAGCUUCUUCUCUGAUGGAAAAGAUGAAUGGAAGGAGCUGACAGUACUGCACCCUCUUCUUUUCUAUUAUUGUCUCCUGACUGAUGAGAGGUUGAAGGCCCGAUGGAAGAUGGUUUGAACUGGAAGGGCAUUACAUUCAUGAGAUUUUGUCAAUCUGUGUAGUGUAUGGCAUAUUUCAUUUUUCUUC